AUUUAUUUGGUUCAUCGGCUCUACGUUUCACCCGCGAAAGCGAAGCUUGCGUGAGAUCUGGAAAGCAAAAAGCGAAGCAUUACGAAGGGGAGAGUGGAACGGAGACGACGAUUUUUUUUCAAUCCAAAGCCAUCUCCAACUUCCGGAGUUGAUCUUGACGAGAUUCCAAUCAAGAGCUUCUCUGCCUUUGAAAAGAUGAAUGAUUCACUGACGAUUAACAUUUAAGUAAGUGUGGGGGCAAAAAACGGAGCGGAUCGUAUGGACAAGAACAAGAGUCGUUCCGAUCUGCUCGCCGCAGGCAGGAAGAAGCUCCAGCAAUUCCGUAAGAAGAAGGAUAAUCGAGGCGGUGGUAGUCAAGGAAAUUCAUCAAAAAAUACUAGUAAAUUAGAACAGCAUGAUGUAGAUGCAGACAUUGUGACUGCUGCUCCUAAAUCCCCAUCUGGGAGUUGUUCCACUGAUGAAGCACUUUCACCUAGUGUUUAUCGUGAUCCAGAUACUGUAGAUUCUUCAGCAUCACCUUCUAUGGAACAUUCUUUGGCAGCAGAGAUUGAUCAUUCCACUGAUUCUGUUAAGCAAGAGAUGGAUUUAGCCGAAACAUCAGCCAUUGACCAGGCAGAGGUUCCGAUGCAGGAAGUAGGGUAUAGGGAGGACUGUGAACAUCCAAUCCAAAAUACCGAGGCUGCUGGAUUUAUGCCGUUUGGACUUUCCCUUCCUACUGAUGCUCAAGAGAACGAUAAUCAUAUUUGUAAUUUGUCUUCCACCGAAUCCUCUCCCCAAAUUUCUUCUGCCUCUGUGGAGCAGCAGGGAAGAAUAGCUGAAGUAUGGGGUGGUUGUAGGGAAGAAGAGCUAUUGCCUUCACAGUCUGCAUCUUUGUUGCAAGCAAGGGAAGAUGUAGGCAUGGAGGAUGCAUUGAUGCAAUCUGUUCAAGUCCAUGAAACAGAGUUUUCAGGAGACAAGCAGCUAGAGACUGGUGGUAUGAAUGAGUCAGCAGCUGAGACUACUUUUAAAGAUAGAUACUGCGAUAAAGAGGAGAUUAUUGCAGCAGAUGUGAAAUCUGUAUCUGGUGCUGAUACUGAAUCAAACAGUUAUUUAAUUUCUAGUCCGGGAGAAAAAUUAGGUAUGAAGAAUAGUUCAAGUAGUAGUAGAGAUGAUUGGAAAGAAGAAAGUCAAGUUCAUGCAGAAGAUAUGAUACAAUCAAGCAGGUGUGAAGUGCAAUAUAUGCCAGAAGAUAAUUUUGCUGAUCAGUCCGAGGGCCAUGAUAUGGCUUCACAAACAUCUGAUGCGGGAGAUGCCAAUGCUAUCUCCCGUAAUGCACAUAUGACCUCAACUUCGGAUGCGUCAGGGACUUCUUCUUCAUUUGGACAAGAUAGUAAAUUUCUUGAUUUACUGGAGAGAAUGAAAGAAGAGUUGAUUGUAACAAGUUUCUCAAAAGAUAUCUUUAACUUGCAAAUUUCUGAACAGAAUGAACUACAAUUGGAGCUUGAUAACCAUCUUCAUAAAUCAACCAAUGACAUGACUCGUCUUAAUACCUCACUCGAUGAAGUUCUUGAGAGGAAUCAGAGCCUCGUGGAUGAACUUUCACAUUGCAGAUCUGAACUUAAGGAUGUUUCAACAACGAAGGAGGAGCUCAGAGAUCAGCUGCUAAAUGCAGAGGCUGAGAUAGAAAAGCUUUCUUCUAGAACUAGUGAGACAGAGAAUAGCUUGGAAAAGUUCCAUGGAGAUAUGUUCAGACUGGGAAAAGAGUUGGAUGACUGCAAACAUUUGGUAACAGUGUUAGAAGAGGAGAAUGAAAGAUUAAAUGGUAUUAUCACCUCUGAAAACGAAAAUAAAAGGAAACUAGCUGAGGAAAAGGAGUUGUAUGUCAAUGAGAAUGAAAAGAUAUUAUUAGAAAUAAGUAGCUUCAAGAGUUUGAAGAUGGCUCUGGAGGUUGAAAAUUCUAAGUUAAUGGGGAGUUUGUCUUCAGUAGUAGAGGAAAAAACAAAGCUUGAAGAAGAAAGAGAGCAUUUGUGUCAGGUGAAUGGGACACUGUCAGUCGAACUUUCCAAUUGUAAAAACUUGGUAGCUACUCAACAAGAAGAAAUUACGGACUUAAUCAAGAACCUUGCACUGGCAACAGAGGGUAGAACUAAGCUUGAAGAAGAUAAAAACCGUUUGUUUCACGAGAAUGAGAGAAUUGCAUCUGAGCUGCUUGUUCUUGAUGAGAGACUGUCAACUGAACAUGAGGAACGUGUUAAGCUUGAGAGUGACUUAAAAGAUGCAUUAGCGCAGCUUGACCAACUCACUGAGGAAAACAUAUUUCUCAGCAACAAUCUUGAUAUACACAUAUUUAAAAUUGAAGAACUUUGCGGUGAAAUACUGUCUCUACAAACAAGAUCCGUAGAUGAUGAGGAUCAGGCUGAAAAUACAGACUCUGGCCGACGUCACGGAAAUAAGUCCCAAGGAAAUGAUUCUUCUCAGAUUACUUUCAAGGAAAAUUUGCACGAAACUUCAUCAGUUCUUGCUGGUGGGAAACCCGUCAUUGUAACUGAACAGGAAAUUUUUGAUGAUUCUCUUGGGCUUAUAACCUUGGGUCAACACUUGGAGGAAGCAGAUCUUAUGUUACAGAAACUUGAGAAGGAAAUCACAGGGUUGCAGUCCAAUUCUGCCUCCUUUAGCAGCUCAGGUAGUAAAAUGGCUGCCCCUGCUGUUUCUAAACUGAUUCAAGCCUUUGAGUCAAAGGUAAAUGUUGAAGAACAGGAGGUGGAUGCGGAAAUUCAGUUAUCUAACGAUCCAUAUAAGUUAUCAAAUGAACUUGUGGACAAUUUGAGAGUACUGCUUCGUCAAGUGGUUGUGGACAGUGAGAAGGCCAGUGUAUUGCUCAAGGGAGAGUGUGAUCAUCGAAAAGUUGCUAUAUCAACACUGAACGAAUUCAAGGAUCAAUUUGAAGAUUUGGAGAACCAUAGUAAUGAUUUGGUGAUGGCCAACAUUGAGCACUCGAUUUUAUUUGAAUGCUUAAAACAUCACGUUUAUGAUGCUGGUGAUAAGAUCUAUGAACUUGAGAUUCUUAAAGAGUCUUUAAAGCAACAAGAUGUGCACCAUAAAAAUUCUAAUUGUGAGCUUGCUGAAAGAUUAUGUGGGUAUAAAUUAAAACUUACUGAGUUGGAGUCUCAAUUAUGUGAUUUUCAUCAAGGCUCAAAUGAGACGGUUUCUUUGAUAUGUAAUCAGUUAGACAAUCUGCAGGAGGGAGAAAUUGAAAGGGGAAUGACACUUGAGAAGGAUUGGCACUCUUUCUUAUUGGAGCUUGCUGAAACAAUUGCCAAGCUUGAUGAAUCAUUAGGGAAUUCUAAUACUUCAGCCAUCAAAUUUUGCACCAAUGACCAAUUGCCUAGCUGCAUUGCUACUUCUGUCAAAAAUGCUGUCAACAUGAUCGACGAUAUGAGAGAGAGACUUCAAGCGACUGCCUCCAAUGGUGAAGCAUUUAGGAUGUUAUAUGAAGAAGUAAAUGAAAAAUAUGAUAAUUUGUUUAGAAGCACUGAAUUGUCUGUUGAUAUGCUGCAUAGGAUAUAUGGUAAGUUGCAAAAUCUUUAUAUUGCUUCUUGUGGAUCUGUCAGUGGAAGUGACAUGAACAUGCAAAUCAAGAUGCUGGGUGAUCCCUUAGAUUACAGCAACUUUGAGGCCUUAAUCAAACCACUGGAGGACUGCAUUACCGAGAGACUGCGACUUGAAUCUUUAAAUGAUAAACUUCGUUUAGACUUGGAACACAGGACUGUAGAAUUUGUUCAGUUUAGGGAGAGAUGCCUCGAUCCUAUUGGCAUCCAGAAAUUGAUUAAAAAUGUUCAAAGUGUGUUAUUAUUAGAAGAUAUUGAGAAGGAUCGUGCUGAAAUGCCUGCUUUUCAUUUGGAAACUAUGGUAUCAUUGGUUUUACAGAAAUACAGGGAAUCUGAGUUGCAAUUAGGCUUAUCUCGAGAAGAGUGUGGAUCUGUAAUGAUGAAAUUGACUGAGCUGCAGGAAAGUGUGCAUGACUUAAGCACCUUGAUUCUCGAUCAUGAAUGUGAAAUUGUUCUUCUUAAAGAAAGCUUAAGCCAGGCACAAGAAGCCUUAAUGGCUUUACGGUCUGAAUUGAAGGAUAAAGUGGAUGAACUAGAACAGUCAGAGAAGCGAGUGUCUGCAAUCAGGGAUAAGCUAAGCAUAGCUGUUGCCAAGGGAAAAGGUUUGAUUGUGCAACGGGAUAAUCUCAAGCAAUUACUAGCACAGACUUCCAGUGAACUGGAGAGGUGCUUGCAGGAGUUACAGAUGAAAGACACUAGGCUUCACGAGGUUGAAACAAAACUUAAUACCUAUUCAGAGGCAGGAGAGCGUGUUGAAGCACUGGAAUCUGAGCUUUCUUACAUUCGAAAUUCUGCUACUGCACUAAGAGAAUCGUUCCUUCUUAAAGACUCAGUUCUUCAGAGGAUUGAGGAGAUUCUUGAUGAACUAGAUUUGCCAGAGAAUUUUCAUUCAAGAGACAUUAUUGAGAAGAUUGAUUGGUUAGCCAAGUCAAGUGCUGGUGAGAAUAUACCCCAUACGGAUUGGGAUCAGAGGAGUUCGGUUGCAGGAGGCUCAGGCUCUGAUGCUAAUUUUGUCAUUACAGAUGCCUGGAAAGAUGAAGUGCAGCCGGAUGCAAAUGUUGGGGAUGAUUUGAGAAGAAAAUAUGAGGAGCUCCAAACAAAGUUUUAUGGGUUAGCUGAACAAAAUGAAAUGCUUGAACAGUCAUUAAUGGAAAGGAAUAACGCAGUGCAGCGAUGGGAAGAGCUUCUAGAAAAGAUUGAUAUUGAUUCACACUUGCGGUCCAUGGAGCCAGAAGAUAAAAUUGAAUGGCUAAACAGAUCCCUUUCAGAGGCUUGUCAUGAUAGGGAUUCUCUCCAUCAAAGGGUGAACUACUUAGAGAACUAUUGUGGGUCGUUAACUGCAGAUCUGGAUGAUUCACGGAAGAAAAUUUCUGACAUUGAGGCAGAGCUUCAGUUAGUCUUGCUUGAGAGGGAGAAGCUUUCGGAAAAGUUGGAAAUAAUCGAUCAUCAUAAUGACCAUUUAUCAUUUGGAACUUUUGAGAAUGAAAUUGAGAACACAGUAUUACAAAAUGAAUUAAGCAAUAUGCAGGAGAAGUUAAUUUCUACUGAACGUAAAAUAGUGAAAUUGGAGGCUUUAGUAGGUAACGUGUUGCAAGACAAUGACGUGCACGGUUUGGUUUCUGGUAGCAGUAUUGAAUUUCUUGAAUUGAUGGUGAUGAAGCUAGUUCAAAAUUACACAACAUUUUCUUUGCGGGACGCUGUGCCUGAGAGCACUACGAAUGGUUCUAAUACUGAAGAAAUGCUUGCCAGAAGCGUAGAUGCGCAUGUUGCUUGGCAAAAUGAUAUAAACGUUCUCAAGAAAGAUCUAGAGGAUGCAAUGCAUCAAUUGAUGGUUGUGACAAAGGAGAGGGAUCGAUAUAUGGAGAUGCAUGAAUAUUUAGUUGUCAAGGUUGAAAGUAUAGAUAAAAAGAAAGAUGAAUUGCAGGAACUGCUUAAUCUGGAGGAGCAAAAGUCAACGUCUAUAAGAGAGAAGCUAAACGUUGCUGUUCGGAAGGGGAAGUCUUUGGUCCAACAACGCGACAGUCUGAAACAAGCCAUUGAAGAGAUGACCACUGAGUUGAAAAAUCUGAGAUCUGAGAUGAAGUCUCAGGAAAAUACUCUUGCUAGUUAUGAGCAGAAGUUGAGGGAUUUCUCUGUUUACACAGGACGGGUGGAGGCCUUGGAAUCAGAGAAUCUGUCUUUGAAGAACCAGUUGACUGAAACAAAAAACAAUUUGCAGGAAAAAGAAUUUAAAUUGAGCUCAAUUAUCAACACUUUAGUUCACAUGGAAGUUAAUGUGGAUGUUUAUGAAACCGAUCCUAUUGAGAAACUGAAACAACUUGGAAAACUGUGUUCUGAUCUGCGUGAAGCUAUGGUUUCCUCUGAACAAGAGUCUGUGAAAUCCAGAAGAGCAGCAGAAUUACUUCUUGCAGAACUGAAUGAAGUUCAGGAAAGAAAUGAUGCUUUCCAAGAAGAGCUAGCAAAAGCUUCCGACGAGAUUGCUGAAUUGACCAAGGAAAGGGACUUAGCAGAGACUUCCAAGCUUGAAGCUCUUUCAGAACUUGAAAAGUUAUCUACUCUGCACUUGAAGGAAAGAAAGAACCAAUUUUCUAAAUUUAUGGGAUUUAAGUCUGGCCUUGAUCAAUUGAAGGAGACCUUGCGUGAGAUCAAUUGCUUACUUGCAGAUGCUUUCUCCAGGGAUUUGGAUGCUUUCUAUAAUCUGGAAGUUGCUAUUGAGUCAUGUACUAAAGCUAAUGAUCUUGCUGAGGUCAAUCCUUCUCCAUCCACUGUGUCUGGCGUCGUUAAGAAGGACAAGGGGAGCUUUUUUGCUCUGGAUACCUGGUUGAACUCCUACGCUAAUUCUCCUGUGGAUGAAAAUGCUGAAACGGAAAUACAUAGUCAAAUUAUGCAGCAUCUAGAAGAAUCGAUAAAGGAAAUUGGGGCUCUGAAAGAAAUGAUAGGCGGUCAUUCUGUGUCAUUCCAUAAACGAUCCGACUCUCUAUCUAAGGUACUGGGGUCACUUCAUCAAGAAGUUCUUUCACAAAAGGAGUUGGUCCAAGCAUUAGAAUUGGAUGUGCAACAGAGGGAAUCAGUUGCAAAAGAUAAGGAAAAGGAAGGUGAUAUUUUAUGUAGAAAUAUUGCGGUUCUUUCUGAAGCAUGCACAUCUACGAUUAAGGAAAUUGACCAAAGAAAAGGGGAACUAAUGGGAAAUGAUUUGACUAGUGAAAAUUUGGGAAUGGAUAUUAACUCCCCAACACCUGAUCAACUUUCACACAUUGGCAAAACUCAUUUGUUGUCUGAGGAAUAUGUCCGCAGGAUUGCCGACAGGUUGCUGAUCACAGUGAGGGAAUUUAUAGGUCUGAAAGCUGAAAUGUUCGAUGGUCAUGUAAAGGAAAUGAAGGUUGCAAUAGCAAAUCUGCAGAAAGAGCUUCAGGAAAAGGACAUCCAGAAUGAAAGGGUUUGCAUGGAGCUUGUUGGUCAAAUUAAGGAAGCAGAAGCAACUGCAACUAGAUAUUCACUUGAUCUUCAAGCUUCAAAAGAUGAGAUGCGUGAGUUGCAGAAAGUAACGGAACAGAUGGAGAGUGAGAGGAAGAUCCUGGAGCAGAGAUUAAGGGAGAUGCGAGAUGGUUUGUCUAUCUCAGAUGAGUUAAGGGAGACGGUCAGAUCGCUCACAGAUUCGCUUGCAGCAAAAGACCAAGAAAUUGAAGCCCUAAUGCAUGCACUUGAUGAGGAGGAGGAGCAGAUGGAAGGUUUGACCAACAAGAUUGAGGCGCAGGAAAAAGUCUUGAAGCAAAAGAAUCAGGAACUUGAGAGCAUUGAAACUUCUCGGGGGAAGCUCACGAAAAAACUCUCUUUGACAGUGACGAAAUUUGAUGAGCUUCAUCAUCUAUCAGAAAGUCUCUUAACCGAGGUUGAAAAACUUCAAGCACAGUUGCAAGAUCGGGAUGCUGAAGUCUCCUUUUUGAGACAAGAGGUAACAAGAUGUACCAAUGAUGCUCUUGUUGCAACCCAAACAAGCAACAGAAGUACAGAGGAUAUCAAUGAGGUCAUAACAUGGUUUGACAUGAUGGAAGCUCGGGUGGGGUUGUCUCAUAUAGGUCAUGAUGAUCAGGAAAAUGGCGUACGUGAAUGCAAGGAAGUACUCAAGAAGAAGAUUACAUCAAUCUUAAAAGAAAUCGAGGAUCUUCAAGCAGUAUCUCAGAGGAAGGACGCAUUGUUGCUGGCUGAAAAGAAUAAGGUAGAAGAACUGAAACGUAAGGAAUUGCAACUAAACUUGCUUGAAGAUGUUGGAGAUGGUAAUAGAGCUAGCAGUGCGGCCCCUGAAAUCUUUGAAUCCGAACCAUUGAUUAACAAAUGGGCUGCAAGCAGUACUUCGGUUACGCCUCAAGUUCCUAGCUUGCGCAAAGGCAAUACCGAUCAAGUCGCAAUUGCCAUAGAUAUGGAUCCUGCUAGCAGUAGUAAUAGAUUAGAGGAUGAAGACGAUGAUAAAGUGCAUGGUUUCAAGUCGUUAGCUUCAUCGAGAAUUGUUCCGAAAUUUUCAAGACGUGCAACAGACAUGAUUGAUGGUCUUUGGGUUUCUUGUGAUCGAGCACUGAUGCGGCAACCUGCAUUACGACUCGGGAUUAUAUUCUACUGGGCCAUAUUACAUGCACUUCUUGCAACAUUUGUAGUUUGAGCAGUCAAGUUGGUCCAUAUUCGAUUUGAAUUAAAGCACGGAGUUCGUGUAACGGGUUCCCUCUUCGGCCUUCCUUUCAAUUGAUAAUUAGGAUCCUCAUUUGUUUGUACAUGUUUACUACCAUUAGAGUGGGCAUAUGAUUUUUUUUUUUUUUUCUUUCUUUUUCCUUUCUUGUUUUGUUCAUCCAAGAAACUGGGAUUUCCCCCAUUUUUUCUUAGCAAAUCCCACAGUGCUUGGCUGCAUCAAAUAAAGACCACAGAGUUCUUGUCUAUUACAAAGUAUAGAUCAUCUCAAUUUGUUCACUCAGAAGAACCUUACUUUCAGAUUGUACCAGACGCCUAUUCUUGUCACAAAAUUUUGCUACAAAGCCUAAAAAAAAGGCUUUCCAGCUUUUUCAUUCUUUUCAAUUUAUCUUAGGCUUGAGUUAUCUAUUGUAUUUGCAUGCGCUCACAAUUCGGUUUGUUCAACGGUUCGUGAAUACGAACUUUAGGUUCCAUGUAAACUGGAUGGUUGUGUUCGUGU